AUGGUGCACCCACAAGAAGUCGAUAUCAUCGUAGCUGGAGGUGGCCCUGCAGGAUGUGUUGUCGCUGGACGUCUAGCGUUUUCCGACCCCAACCUGAAGGUCAUGCUCAUCGAAGGCGGCGCCAAUAAUCGUGACGACCCUUGGGUGUACAGGCCUGGUAUCUAUGUGAAGAACAUGCAGAGAGAUGGCGUAAAUGACAAGGCGACGUUCUACACUGACACAAUGGCAUCUCCCCACAUGCGUGGGCGGCAAAGUAUUGUUCCUUGUGCCAACAUUCUUGGUGGGGGAAGCAGCAUCAAUUUCCAAAUGUACACAAGGGCGUCUGCGUCUGAUUGGGACGACUUUAAGACAGAGGGAUGGAAAUUUGACGACCUCCUUCCUUUGAUGAAACGCCUUGAGAACUACCAGAAGCCCAGCAAUAGCGAUUCGCACGGCUACGACGGUCCUAUUGCCAUCAGCAAUGGCGGAUCGAUCUCCCCUCUCGCGCAAGAUUUCUUGCGUGCAUCUGACUCCAUUGGCAUACCGUUUAGCGACGAUAUUCAGGAUUGCAAGACUGCACAUGCGGCAGAGAUAUGGGCUAAAUACAUCAACCGUCACACAGGCCGACGCAGCGAUGCUGCCACCGCAUACGUUCACAGUGUCAUGGAUGUUCAGAAUAACUUGUUCCUGCGCACCAACGCUCGUGUAUCUAGGGUCAUUUUUGAGGGCGACAAGGCCGUCGGAGUUGCAUACGUGCCCUCACGCAACCGAGCCCAUCAAGGUCAAUUACUUGAGACUAUCGUCAGAGCUCGUCGAUGCGUCGUGUUGAGCAGUGGGACUUUGGGCACCCCUCAGAUUCUCGAGCGCUCUGGCGUCGGAAAUGCCGAGCACUUGAAGAAGAUGGAUAUAAAGGUCGUCAGCGACCUUCCCGGUGUCGGCGAGCAAUACCAAGAUCACUACACGACCUUGUCGAUUUACCGUGUAUCGGAGGAUAGCUUCACGUUGGACGAUUUCUUGCGUGGUGACAAGGAGGCACGCAAAGAGUUAUUCCAAGAGUGGGAGGUCAGCCCCGAAAAGGCUCGUCUAUCUUCGAAUGCCAUUGAUGCAGGGUUCAAGAUUCGGCCCACCGAAGAAGAGCUCAAGGAGAUGGGACCCGAGUUCAACGAGCUUUACAACAGGUAUUUCAAGGACAAGCCCGACAAGCCGGUCAUGUUCGGCUCUAUCGUGUCUGGUGCUUAUGCGGACCACGCAUUGCUUCCUCCGGGCAAAUACAUCACCAUGUUCCAGUACCUGGAAUACCCUGCCAGCCGUGGCAAGAUCCAUAUCUCUUCUCAGAACCCUUACGUCGAGCCAUUCUUCGAUAGUGGCUUUUUGAAUAACAAAGCUGACUUUGCCCCAAUCCGCUGGAGCUACAAGAAGACGCGUGAAAUUGCCCGGCGCAUGGACGCAUUCCGCGGCGAACUCACUUCGCACCACCCCCACUUCCACCCCGCAUCCCCGGCCGCGUGCAGGGACAUCGACAUCCAGACCGCCAAGAAGAUCCUACCCGAUGGCUUCACUGUCGGCAUUCACAUGGGGACUUGGCACAAACCAGGCGAGCCUUACGAUGCGUCGAAGGUCCAUGAGGAUAUCCAGUAUUCCAAGGAAGACGAUGAGGCCAUUGAUAAUUGGAUCGCUGAUCAUGUAGAGACAACCUGGCACAGCUUGGGUACUUGCGGCAACCCUGUCGCAGCCAUGAAGCCGAGGCAGGAGGGUGGUGUCGUUGACGGACGUCUCAACGUACAUGGCACAAAGAAUCUCAAGGUCGCCGACUUGUCUAUCUGCCCCGACAACCUGGGAACAAACACGUAUUCUUCUGCGCUUCUCGUUGGCGAGAAGGCGGCUAGUUUGUUGACUGAGGACCUUGGCCUCAAGAUCAAGACCCCUCACGCCCCUGUGCCACAUGCACCUGUUCCGAAAGGCGUUCCCGCGACCCAGCAGGUUCGCUAA